UCUAACUUUGGACAGAAAACAUCUCCAGCAGACAGAAACUAAACUGGAGCUGAGACCAUAUCUGGACAAAUCUCUCUGAGCUGAGGUAAACAUUUUACUGUCUGGAACGUUACACAGAGAACAACAAUCUCCAUCUUUGAUCUGAUCCUAAAAUCAAGAAGAUGGGUGAUGUGUGGAGCAGACUGAAGGAGGAAGCGAGGGAGAUGCGUGAGAAAGAAAUGGAACAUUUUUUGGAACGACUCAACGACGGAAAGGCUCCAGAUCUGAGAGUCAACGAGAGCAUUGUGAUGUUCACAGGUCUGUCGUCUUCAGACAAUCUGAGACAACACUACGAGAAGCGGAAAAGGGAGGCGGGCGGCUCCGCUAAUGACUUGAUCAAGACCGUAGCAGGUAAGCUGGGUGAAUUUAUACCAGCUUCUGCACUGGGGGGCCUCGGGCCGCUGGUCAUCGCCGUCCUCAUCGACAUGGUUAUCUACUUUAGGCCUGAGGAGAGCACAAAGGAUGCUCUGCUGAGCGUAUUUGCCGAGGAGAAGGCCUCUGAGGUCUGGGAUCAGAUCGACGAGUGCCUGAAGAGAUGCAUGAUGCACAUCAACAACGACCACGAACUGGCGACUGACAUCAGACGGAUCGAGUGCCAGCUGAGCGCUGCCCUCACCAAGCUGAAGAACUCCAUGGUGAGGGACGGCCACAUGUCGUCUCAGGCUCUGAAGGCCUGGGUGAACGGUGCAGCCUUCCACAUCCAGAUGCUGAUUCACCUGGUGAGACUCGGAGGGAUUCAAACCUGCGGCCCUGUGGAGAGUCUCCUCACGACUUACCUGAGAGACCUGGACACGCUGUUCAAAGAGCACAGGGAAAUGGUCAAGGCUAAGAGCAGCAUGGACGCAAUAGUUCAUAAAUAUCAUACACUGCCUGCAAAAUUUCUGGUGGAUGGUGAUUUAAAGUUACAGUACAAGAUGUUUGAAAAUGGCGGCUUUGAAGAAUACUUUGAGGCUUAUUAUGAUCAUAGAUACAGCGGGCAGAAGAGUGACAUCGAGCGUUACUUCAGCGGCGUAAGAAAGAACCUACAGACGCUGGUCGAUCAAAGAGGAUACUUUAACGUCUAAACAUCCCAAAAAUAUAAUUUGGCUUACCAAGUAUCUUACAAAAUACAAUGUAUCUGUUCAUAUCAAUUAUAUAGUAUUAUUGCUUGCAUAUUUAUUUCAUUUACUCAAAAAAAUAUAAACUCCUUAC